AACGUACGAUAUGGCUCCGAACCCUGAUAAGCAAUGGAUUCUUCGCGUCACCGACAAGAUGAAGCCCAUACAUCGUCAAUUUACCGACUUGCUCAUGACCAAGAGGUUGCAGACAUUGCAAAGUGUUGACAUGGCAGUAGAACGAGUGUACCAAGAAUUGAAAUCACUAGGCGAACUGGAUAACACUUAUUUGGUGUACACUUCGGACCACGGAUACCAUUUGGGCCAGUUCGGGCUGGUAAAAGGCAAGAGUUUCCCGUUUGAGUUCGACAUCAGAGUUCCCUUCCUAGUUCGAGGACCAGGAGUCGAGCCUGGCACGGUGGUCGACGAUAUAGUAUUGAACAUAGAUCUGGCACCAACUUUCCUUGAUAUGGGUGGAGUAGAAGCACCCGCUCACAUGGAUGGAAGGUCCUUACUGCCGUUACUGCAGCCGAGGAGACGUCGUCAACAGAUGUCUUAUUGGCCUGAUACUUUCCUUGUAGAAAGCUCCGGACGCCGUGACAUCCUGGGAAUGGGCCAUCGCUCUCGAGAGAACAAAUACAGCUUUGAAAUGAAUAGGUAUCCUGGGACUACAUUGCAGCCUCAAGCAUCUUCUGAAAGCGCAGACUUCGAGGAAGAGACUGACGAUGACGACUUCUUGACCCUCGAUGACGAUGAUGAUGCGGAGAGCGCUGAAUUUGAUACUUUAGAAAAGCAGAAGUCUUCGGAGCCACUUAUCACAAACGAAAGUCACAAUCCAAUUUUAGAGGCCACUCUGGAAAAAGCUCUCGACGCUGGAGAUAUCCUAAAUACUCAGCCAUACAUGAUGAUGUCGUCCAAAGAUUUUUUGCAAUCCAGCAAUGCAACUAUAUUUGACGCUAAAACAACACGGUUAGCAGUUGAUUGCUCGAAAGCUGAACUCCGUGCCCCUUGCGCCGCCGGCAGAAAAUGGAAAUGCGUUCUAGUCAAUGGCAGAUGGCGUAAACACAAAUGCAGAUAUGACAAUGAAUACACUAUUCCGCAGCCGAAGAUGAGUACAAAGAAAUGUGCUUGUUUCACGCCUAGUGGGCUCGUUUAUACCAGACUAGAAACUGAUGGCAAUAUUGCAAGACGACCUAGUGAUGUAACCAAGGAGAGUAAUAUAACAAGAUCACGCAGAUCCAUCAGUAACGAUGUUUUCGAACCGAAUACUGUUGAAACUAUUCUCAAAGAGAAUCCAAGCAUUGGACAUUUAAGUUUCAAAACUGAACCAAUCAAUGAAUUAGAAAACAAAAAUAUGCAAGAUAAAAUUGAUAAAUUAAUUAAAGAAACGCAAGCUUUUAUAGAAGCUUACGAAAAAACCAAAGACAAUUUAGAUCAUAAAAGGGUCAAACGACGAGCACGACAAUGGAACCAACAUAACGGAAAAAAGCAUAAGAACGAUGCACUGCUUAACACAAAUGAAUCGUCACUUGAAUGUAAAAUAGAAAAAGACGGAAGGGUUAACUGUUCGCAAAUUAUCUAUAAUGAUUUGAAAGCUUGGCAAACGAAUAGAUUAAGUUUAGAAGACCAAAUAAGGCAGUUGCGUACCAAGCUUGAGGAUUUAAAAGAGAUCAAACGACACUUAAAAAUUACUAAGCCAAUAACUGAAAUACACACUUUGAAUACGCCUGAAGUAAGUAGUCAUAUACACAAUAAGACAGCUAUCUAUGAACACACUUCUAAGGAACACCUGAAAAAAACCAGAAUGCACAAACUGAAAACAAAACAGAAAAACAAUACAUUAAUCGAUAAAAAAAUGAGACAGUCGAACGAAUAUGUUUUCCCUACAGUACACGCCAAAGCUAAAGACGUCUUUGAUAUUCAAUUACAAAAUGAAUCUAAACUUGACGAAUCCACUCAUACAUAUAUGAAUAUAGGUGAAGGUGUGCCUCUAAAUGAGAACUUGACAAGUAUUUAUGACACGGAGCUGCCAAAACCUCAGGUUACUACGAUAAUUAUCGACGGAAAUUACCAACAGCCUAAUAAUUUAGACAAAGUUGGUACAGUAUCACUUGGUAUUGUACCUACUACGGAAAUCGUAACUACGACUGCUUCUUCAAAAAAUUUCGAUACAACGAGCAACAAAAAGGUUUCUGAAGAAUACACAACAGAAAAGGAUACAACGUACUUUACUCAAACGGUGAAUUAUUACAGUUCAAGUAUCGAUAAAAUAUUGAGGUCUACAGAGGCUUUACACACUGUAACAACAACAACUGCCAAACCAAUGGAAAACGCGACCCACACUGCUUUAAAUUUAGGGCCAACGAGAUUCGACGUAUCAGAAUACGAACAAAGAAACAUGAAUAAAGGAACUUCUAAAAGCAUUGACAUUUUGGAAAAGCCGCCCGAUGUCUUUCAAAGAAGGUUGCAUCCACUCUUCAUUGAAAAUGAGGACAAACACGUAUGUUAUUGUGAGGAAAAUAGGAAAUUAAAAGGACCUGGUCAGAGCUAUAUGGAGGCAGCCCAGAGAGCCAGAGAAGAACAAAGAAAACGUAAAGCCCAGUUGCUUCAAAAGAAACUGCGGAAAGCCAAAAAAAGGGCAGAAUUGGAAAAACUAUGUGAAUCUGAGAGAAUGAAUUGUUACCGUCACGACAAUGACCAUUGGCGCACGGCGCCGCUCUGGACCGCGGGACCAUUUUGCUUCUGCAUGAGCACUUCUAACAACACGUACAAUUGCGUUAGGACUAUUAACGCCACACAUAAUUUGUUGUACUGCGAAUUCAUAACUGGACUCGUUACUUACUACAAUCUAAGAAUAGAUCCAUUCGAAACUCAAAACAGGGUUAAACAUUUGACGGCUUCCGAAAGGGAAUAUUUCCACAAUCAGCUGCAACAACUUCUUAGCUGUCGUGGGCCUUCAUGUCGAAGAUUUUCGCAUUCGAAUACUCACGGAAGCCACGAAGAAUCCGUAAAAGGUUUCGAAAACAACUACCUUCACAGAGGCGAGCCCAUCGGAUAUAGCGAAAGAUCAUGGCGUUGGAACAGUUACAGUCGACGGUACGCUAGAGCUCGUGAAUUGCAUCGACGAAGACACAUGAUGUCCUAUUAAGCUGUACGGAAAAUAUGAAAGGACAAUUUACAAGAGCUGCUAAUUUUCUGCAAAGAACACUUCGGUGACAUGGUCGAGUUGACGAUAUACGAAGUGCUGACUGCGUAUUACUGAUUUAAAGAAUCCGUAGAGUUGAGAAAACAUUGAGAACUAUUUAUUAGUGUUCUCAAAAUUUCAUCGUAAACAUAGAUUUUGCUAAUCGUGACUCUGAAUGUGACUAGAAUUUUAAUAGUAAUCGUGUAUUUAUAAGCAUGCAUCGAAUAUAGUAGGGCUUCCUGUAAUGGGCAUACCGAAUGUAAUGGUAGCCAAAAUGGUAUAUUUCUGUUUUUUUUGAGUUUGAAAUUAAUGUAUUAAAACUGCCUUUCAUGCCUAUUGUCAGUUUUUAGAAAUAGAGCGAUUAAUUAUCUAAGAAUAAUCAAACAGUAGUGUCACAUGAUAUUUAGCUUUAAAUCAUGUUCUGAUUAUAAUAUAAUCCUUUACAAUUUUCAAAGUUACUUGAUGUUUUUUGUAGGGUUUAUGCCGUAUUUAUUAUUAGUAUUUCCAGUAGUUUAUUAGCUAUCUUUCAGAUUUAUCGAAGUGAUAUGAAACAGUUGCUAUUGUGAUGAUUAAAUGUGUGUAUCAAUUUAUUGUAAUAUGAAAAAU